CCUUCCUAGUUUCUCAUUGAUGAAAAAAUAAUUAACACUUUCCUUAUCGAUCUCUCUGGGAGAUAUAAAAAACGCUCGAUCUCUCUUGAUAACAAAUAAGUGAUCAAUAAAGAAGAAAGAGGCACUGAUGAUGAGUCUGCCGAACUACUACUUGUUUGUUAAUGUUAUUAUAAUUGGAUCAUUAUUAUUAAUGACAAUAAUGUCCACACUAGCUUCACUUGCAAGACCAGGUUGCCAAGAAAAGUGUGGAAAUGUAGAUAUUCCAUACCCUUUCGGAAUUGGACCAUCCGAAUGUUUUCUUGACGAACGAUUCGAAAUCUCCUGCCACAACUCUUCCAUGCCUGUUCUCAAACACACUCAGCUACAGGUACUUAAUAUUUCAUUAGAACCUGAUUAUAGCAGCUAUCGUCGUCCUCGUAAUGAUUACGAUUCCCAAUGGAUUGUGGUGAGAAACCCCAUUAGUUUCUUCGAUUGUGGAAACCUCAUUAGGCAAAAAUCAGCAGAUUUAACAGAAACCCCGUUUUACUAUUCGCGUGACAAUGUAUUCAUUGCAGUAAGUUGUGGUGCCUUGGCCAAGUUCGUAACAAGGUCAGGCAACAUGCUCUUCGAGAAUGGAUGCUCAUCCCAAAGUACAACUACAUCAAGUAGUAAUAAUAUUGAUUUUAGUAAGUGUGACGGCGUUGAAUGUUGUACUACUUCCGUCGUCUUCCCUUCGGAUGUUGCAGGUAACAGCUUCGAAAUCUCCAUGGAUAAUGGUUCUUCUGGUACUCCUAGCCAAUGCAAAUAUGCAUUCUUGAUAGAUUAUGAUGAAAUUGAUAAAUAUAAAACAUUUGGUGAUCUGGAUUAUGUUCCCGUCCGGCUAAGUUGGUCCCUUAACCGUACGUAUUUCGAUGUGUUUAAAACACAUGAUAUGCCAUUGCCAACUAGAACUAGCAACUUCUAUUGUUUUAAUUCGGCAGACGACCUCCUUUUAGAAUCUUUAGAUCAAAUACAUCAUUGUCGGUGCGGUUAUGGACUUCGAGGGAAUCCCUAUCUGGUGGGUGGGUGUAGUCAAGAUAUUAAUGAAUGUAUUGAGGGAAGAGCGUUUUGCCCCGGAGGCUCUACUUGCGUGAACACUUUCGGGGACUAUCACUGUAGUUAUAAACGCAAGGCUAUCUUUAUAGGUGUGGGGAGUCCUCUUGGAUUAUUAGUUCUACUUUUUGGUACAUGGAGACUAUACAAAUUCAUAAAGAAAAGAAAAGAAAUUAAACGCAAGAAAGCAUUUUUCAAACGAAAUGGUGGCCUUUUGUUGGAACAGCAGAUACAUUCAGGUGAAAACAAUGUCGAGCAAACCAAGUUGUUCGAUUCAAAAGAGUUAGAGAAGGCAACUGAUAAUUUCAACAUAGACAGAGUUCUUGGGCAAGGAGGCCAAGGCACUGUGUACAAAGGAAUGUUGGAAGAUGGAAAGAUUGUUGCUGUAAAGAAGUCUAAAAUAAUUGAUGAAGCCAAACUCUCUGAAUUCAUCAAUGAAGUUGUCAUUCUUACACAAAUCAAUCAUAGAAAUGUUGUCAGGCUAUUGGGAUGUUGUCUGGAGACAGAUGUUCCACUUCUAGUUUAUGAAUUCAUCCCAAACGGAACACUUUCUGAGUAUAUUCAUGACAAAAAUGCAGAGUUUCCUUUCACAUGGAACAUGAGAUUACGAAUUGCAACUGAAGUUGCAGGAGCUCUUUCAUACUUACACUCAGCAGCUUCUUUUCCAAUUUAUCAUCGAGAUGUCAAGUCUACGAACAUACUCCUUGAUGAAAAAUUGAGGGCAAAAGUUGCAGACUUUGGUACAUCAAGAACUAUCUCCUUAGAGCAAACUCACCUGACCACUUUAGUUUAUGGCACAUUUGGCUAUCUAGAUCCAGAAUACUUUCAGUCUAGCCAAUUCACAGAUAAGAGUGAUGUUUAUAGUUUUGGAGUGGUUCUUGUCGAGCUCUUGACCGGACAAAAAGCAAUAUCUGCAACAAGGUCAGAGGAGGAAGGAAGAAGUUUGGCAACAUAUUUCAUGAUGACGAUGGAGAAAAAGAGCAGUAGUUUGUUCGACAUUCUUGAUGGUCAAGUUCUCAAAGAUGCGCCAAAAGAAGAGAUCUUAAUUGUUGUUGAUAUUGCAAAGAGAUGCUUACAUUUGAAUGGAAGGAAUCGACCUACCAUGAAAGAAGUAGCAAAGGAGCUAGAGAGGAUUCAAGGCAUUGAUAAUAAAGAUUCCAAUGGUAUUCAACAUAAUUAUGAAGAUUUAGCAUAUGCACAACCUGAAAUUGCAGACUACUCUUGGAAUGUUUCCACAUCGUCAACAGGGUUAGCUUUUGAUAGUGCUGCUACUAGCUUCUCGUUGCAUCAAGAAUUACCAUUGUUGUAAGGGUGAACAAAUAGUAAUAUCCUUUUUGUACGUAGAACUCUUCACUUUUUUUUUCUAUCUCGAAUUUCGAGAUCAAUUAUAUAUUGUGGUUUACUUUAUUGGUUAAUAUUGUUAACUUUGGUUUCAUCUGAUUGUAUAAGCAUUCGAUGCUGGGUACUUUUACUAUGUAAUAUAAUAUAGUAGUAUUCAUGUUUUUGUA